CGGGGCUCGGGCAGCCGGUGCUCCUGGGGCGGGGGGAAGCCGGCUCGGAGUUUGUGACUCCGUCCCGUGCACCCCUGGCGCGGGCAGCCUUAUUACGGCUUCUCCAGCCCCGCCGGGCCGGUGCGCACAGAGUCGCCUCCAGUAGGAAGUGCACUUCCGUUAUCUCCUUCUCCCCCACCCCCUCCGCCGCUCCCCCUCCUGAGCUCUCUUUCUGGGUGUUCAAGGCGAGGAUGAACAAACAGAUCCAGCCCGAGCGCAGAGUGUCGGCGGUGGCUCCCGUGCAGGACUGCUCCGGCCAGCAGCCGCCGAAGAAGGAUGUGGAGCUGCUUCUGGUGAAGGAGCAGAAUGGGGUCCAAUACACCAGCAGCAGCCUCCUGCCGGCCGCCUCCAGCCUCCACUACACCGCCGAGGGGCAGCCGGAGAGGGAGACCUGGGGCAAGAAGAUCGAUUUCCUUCUCUCGGUCAUUGGAUUCGCUGUGGACCUGGCCAAUGUCUGGAGAUUUCCCUACCUCUGCUACAAAAAUGGAGGGGGUGCCUUUCUUAUCCCCUACAUCCUCUUCCUAAUCAUUGCUGGAAUGCCCUUGUUCUACAUGGAGUUAGCACUGGGACAGUACAACCGGGAAGGGGCUGCUACGGUGUGGAAAAUCUGUCCAGUUUUCAAAGGUGUAGGCUAUGCUGUGAUACUCAUAGCUCUUUACGUGGGUUUCUACUACAACGUUAUCAUAGCUUGGUCUCUGUAUUAUCUGUUUUCAUCAUUCACAUUUGAGCUUCCCUGGACAAACUGCGGCAACAGCUGGAACAGCCUAAACUGUACAGAUCCCAAACUCUUCAACGCCUCGGUGCUUGGCAAUGGCACCAAGUACUCCAAGUACAAACUCACUCCUGCUGCUGAAUUUUAUGAACGAGGUGUACUGCAUCUGCAUGAAAGCAGUGGAAUCCAUGACCUUGGCUCACCCCGAUGGCAGCUUUCGCUGUGCCUCUUGGUGGUAGUAAUAAUUCUUUUCUUUAGUCUGUGGAAAGGAGUGAAGACUUCAGGAAAGGUUGUGUGGAUAACAGCCACUUUGCCUUAUGUUGUAUUAUUUGUAUUGUUAAUCCAUGGAAUCACAUUGCCUGGUGCAUACAAUGGAAUAAAUGCUUACCUUCACAUAGAUUUCAAAAGGUUAAAAGAAGCUACGGUCUGGAUUGAUGCAGCCACUCAGAUAUUCUACUCUUUAGGAGCUGGAUUUGGAGUUUUAAUUGCAUUUGCUAGUUAUAAUAAGUUUGACAACAACUGUUAUAGGGAUGCUUUGCUGACUAGUACAAUCAACUGUGUCACAAGCUUCAUAUCAGGAUUUGCAAUUUUCUCUAUACUGGGCUACAUGGCUCAUGAGCACAAAGUAAAAAUUGAAGAUGUAGCCACUGAAGGAGCUGGAUUAGUUUUCAUCCUUUAUCCAGAAGCCAUUUCAACCCUUUCGGGAUCAACAUUUUGGGCAGUGGUGUUCUUCAUAAUGCUUCUCACACUGGGCAUUGACAGUUCCAUGGGUGGAAUGGAAGCUGUCAUCACUGGGUUAGCAGAUGAUUUCCAAAUACUGAAGCGGCACAGAAAGCUUUUCACAUUUGGUGUCUCCUUUGGCACUUUCCUGGUGGCUCUUUUUUGUAUCACCAAUGGUGGAAUUUACGUCCUCACACUACUGGACACAUUUGCAGCUGGGACUUCAAUCCUGUUUGCUGUUUUAAUGGAGGCAAUUGGAGUUUCCUGGUUUUAUGGUGUGGACAGAUUCAGUGAAGACAUCCAGCAAAUGAUGGGCUUCAAACCGGGCCUCUACUGGCGACUGUGUUGGAAAUUUGUUAGCCCUGCUUUUUUAUUGUUUGUGGUGAUAGUCAGUAUUAUAAACUUCAAACCUCUGACCUAUGAUGACUACACCUUCCCUCUCUGGGCAAAUCGCAUUGGCUGGGGAAUAGCAUUAUCUUCAAUGAUCCUGGUGCCUGCCUACAUUAUCUAUAAAUUUCUGAACGUGCGUGGGACCUUUAAAGAAAGACUAGCUUACUGCAUCACACCUGAGAACGAACACCAUCUUGUGGCACAAGGGAACGUGAGGCAGUUUAAGCUUCAACACUGGCUAUCAAUAUGACAACUGACAGGUUGAGGAAAAAGCCAAUACAUUAAACUAAACUGGGAAUAAACGAAAAGUCAAGUUCAAAGCUCUCUUGAUUGUGUUUGGACCAGGCUGGCUCAGAGCUCAUCUACUGAUUCCUUUGAGGGAAGACAGCUUCUGCUCUCGGUUUUCUCUAUUACUUGGUUUCAAAUGAACUUACAGACUGGUUUUCCAUUUCCUUAUAUCUUUCAGUGCCAUGAGAUCCAUACUUGACCAAAUUUGUGAGCUUUGAUAGAGAUAGAAGUGGAGGAGGGAGCUGAAAAUCAGCAUUAAUUAAAGAAACUCUUGUCUUGGAGAAAUAAAUAAAAAACAUAAUUCCUUUUAAAAUCCCUGCCACAACGUUGUUUAGAGACCAACUAUAUACUCAGAGAUGGAUGCAUCUCAAUUAUGAGACAAGAGUGACUUUAAGUGCACAUUCAUGUCAUUUGCUUUCUUUCAGGACUAUCCUUUGGGAUAUAAUUUUGCAUCCUUCUGAAGUGGAGACUCAGUGCUUCACUUUCAGUGGUUUGUUAUUAGUCUCUUCUUUUGGUGAAGAAGGUUGUCUUUGCUGUAUAUGUCUGUGCCAUUUUCUGUGCAGUUGAACUAUACACACCGAAAGUAACAGGGAUGGAAUUAAAUUCCUAUUGUUGUGGCUAUUGAGUACAGAAAGUAGUUUUAACAAUAUGCUGUACUUAACAAUGCAAACAUAUUCCUUUAUGUCAGCUAUUAAAAUGGCUUUAUUUAUCACAUGAUCCAUAUUCUUCAGACUUUGAGUUAAGCACCAAAAAUAUUUACAAGUAGUCAGAUUUUCCUUCUACAUUCUGUUAUAUUGUGUGACAAAGAAUGUACAGUAUAUAUAAAUAUAUAGGAACACAGGCAAUGAUUUUUAGAAUAAGCCACUCUAUCCAGUGGCACCAAAAUAUCAAAUGUUGGCUUUGUGCGAGUGCACUAUUAUUAUAAAUGUCCUCUAGGUUCAACUGCCAGAACAUUUUAAGAGUUGUGUAGAACAUCUUGGAUGGAGGGGUCUUCUAGGCAUAACUCAAUUAUCUAGGCCUGCUCCCUCUCUUGUGUAUUUCAAGCAGCUUUAUGACAGCUAGAAAAUACAGAGCAAUCAUAGUGAGAUUGGAUGCUGUUCUGUAUAGUCUGUUUUAAAGUCAUAUCUUCCCAGUGAUCACUAGGGGUUGCAGUAACUGGGAAUUACUUAUUGCAAGAACUAUUCUAAAUUUUAGAGACAGCAGGUUCUCAGUUGAAUCUAGUCUGGAGUUAGAGCCUUAAUGCUGAAUUUCUUUGCCUUUAUAUGUUCAAUUCAGUUUCUUAAUGGUUUUUUAAAUAUAUGUAGUGUUUCCUU